UAUUCGAGUUUGCAAAAAAAUUAUUGCGGAACAGAAUCGUUUUAGCCAAACUCAGUCUUUUUUCUAAGCAGAUUUAAAUAAAUUAAUACUCGAAACGCACAAAAAUGGAGCCCUACAAUCAGCCCGUGGUUAUUGAUAAUGGUUCUGGUAUGAUCAAAGCAGGUUUUGCCGGAGAGCAUAUACCAAAGUGCCGAUUUCCCAAUUAUGUUGGUCGCCCCAAACAUGUUCGUGUUAUGGCAGGUGCGCUAGAAGGUGAUCUCUUCGUCGGACCAAAAGCAGAGGAACACCGAGGUCUAUUAAGCAUACGUUAUCCUAUGGAGCAUGGUAUUGUUACCGAUUGGAAUGACAUGGAACACAUUUGGGGAUACAUUUAUAGCAAAGAACAACUAUCGACAUGUACCGAUGAACAUCCAGUAUUGUUGACGGAGGCUCCUUUAAAUCCACGCAGGAAUCGUGAAAAAGCUGCUGAAUUCUUUUUUGAGGGUAUUAAUGCACCCGCUCUCUUCGUUUCAAUGCAAGCCGUACUAAGUCUGUAUGCCACUGGUCGCGUAACCGGUGUUGUUCUUGACUCAGGUGAUGGUGUUACACAUGCAGUACCAAUUUACGAAGGUUUUGCUAUGCCUCACAGCAUUAUGCGUGUAGAUAUUGCCGGGCGAGAUGUUUCGCGAUAUCUCAAGACUCUUCUACGCAAGGAAGGAUUUAAUUUCCGCUCUACAGCCGAAUUUGAAAUUGUCCGUUCUAUCAAGGAGAAGGUGUGCUACUUGGCAACAAAUCCUCAAAAGGAAGAAACGGUGGACACUGAAAAAUUCUCCUAUAAACUACCCGAUGGCAAAACACUAGAGGUUGGACAAGCCCGCUUUAGAGCGCCCGAAGUUCUAUUCAGACCAGAUUUACUGGGUGAAGAAUGCGAGGGUAUUCAUGACGUUUUGAUGUACGCCAUUGAAAAGUCUGACAUGGAUCUCAGAAAAUUCCUCUAUCAAAACAUUGUCUUGUCAGGCGGUUCAACAUUGUUCAAAGGAUUUGGUGAUCGCCUGUUAUCUGAAUUAAGGAAACAUUCGGCAAAGGAUCUAAAAAUCAGAAUUGCAGCUCCACAGGAACGUUUGUACUCUACGUGGAUGGGUGGCUCUAUUUUAGCAUCACUGGAUACCUUCAAGAAAAUGUGGAUCUCAAAGAGAGAGUACGAAGAGGAGGGCCAUCGUGCUGUGCAUAAAAAGACUUUCUAGAGCAAUUCUACUCGUCAUUAUUUAUUGUAAAAUGCUUGUAUUUUUUUAAUUUCCUAAAAAUAUUCACAAACUGUAUUUGUAAUUUAUUUUUGCGUGUUUAAGACAUACGUUAGGCGUAAAAUUACUUACCAACUUGUAUUCUAAAGUCAUUAAAAAGUUAUCCAACUCAAAAGGAUUUAUUAUGUGUGACUAAUAAAGACAUUUAAUAUGUUCAAGUAUUAAAA